UAAUGCCAGGCGGCUUUUACGAUGAGUGACCCUGAAGGGAGGACGUUCAACUCCGCAGAAGAAGAGAAGAGCUACUGGAAGGAGCUCUCGGCCAAAUACAAGCAGUGUGCAGAGAGCGCCCAGGAGGAGCUGCACGAGUUCCAGGAAGGCAGCCGGGAGUACGAAGCCGAGCUGGAGAUGCAGCUGCAGCAGCUUGAGUCUCGGAACCGGGAUCUGCUCUCGGAGAACAGCCGGCUGCAGAUGGAAGUGGAGUCGGUCAAGGAGAAGCUCGCGAGUCAACACGCCACAGGGCACCAGCAGGUCUCGGCCCUGGAGGAGGAGCUGGCGCAGGCAAGGGCCUCCCGGGACCAGCUGCAGAGGUACAUCCGGGAGCUGGAACAAGGCAACGAUGACCUGGAAAGAGCCAAGAGGGCCACCAUCACAACCCUGGAGGACUUCGAGCAGCGGCUGAACCAGGCCAUCGAACGCAACGCCUUCCUUGAGAGUGAGCUGGACGAAAAAGAGAGCCUCUUGGAGUCGGUGCAGCGGCUGAAGGAUGAAGCCAGAGAUCUGCGCCAAGAGCUGGCUGUGCAGCAGAAGCAGGAGAAGCCAAAGGCUGCGGCGGAGGGCUCCCUGGAAGCUGGACAGACAGACACAGCCGUGCAAGCUGCCUUUUCCAGGCCGUCAACCCCUGUGGUCUCCCGAGGGCCAAGCCUUGGAUUUAGUACCCCAGGAGCCUUCAGAAGAGGUUUCGAGGAUGGCUGCAGUGCAACCCCGCUUACGCCAGCGGCGCGGAUAUCAGCACUGAACAUAGUGGGGGACCUCCUCCGGAAAGUUGGGGCGCUGGAAUCCAAGCUGGCCUCCUGCCGAAACUUCGUGUAUGACCAGGCUCCGUACCAAAGCCUGGCACCCCCACCUGCCUGUUUGGGCAGGGAUGUGUACCAGAGGUGGCUGAGCGGCCCCCGCGUUUCCCAGGGACUUUGCCCCUUUGCUCAAAUGCACCACCCCUGGCUGCUCAAUCCCGCCAGAGAAGAGCCCUGCUGGAUUGGGCCCCAAGGUCAGUCUGGCCAGCAUCUUCAGGGCUUGGGGAGGCCCUGGAGUUGGGCAAAGAGGCGCCCCACAGCGCCGUUGCGAGAGAACAGGGAGGAAACACGGCACCUGGCCCUUGCCUUCUGCAACCUGGUGCACUCCAGAUUCCCAGCUGCCUGGAAACUGGGACUGCCCCCCGCCCAGUCUGGAGAGAGCCGGGUUGGCCUCGUGUGAAAAGGGGGAAGGAGGCGAGAUCGGGUGAAAGAAAGACGCCCUGGAGCCGCAAGAGGGAACCCACCCUCCUGGGGCAGGAAGGGUGCCGAUUCCUUGCCCAGGGCUGGCUCUUUCUACCAAGGCAGUGAGA